CGGCGCAGUGAGAUCCACGUGGUUGAAAAGCAGUAUCUGAUUGAAAUGGAGGACACGGAGAGGCAUAGCGGAAUAUGCUAGAUUUUUACAUAGCUAGGUUCAUCAACGACGUUUUAUAAUCGUAUUUUGUCAAACUUAAACUGCCAGUAUGGGGAAGUCCAAGACCAAAAACCAGAAGAAGUCACGUUUGAGUGCGAACCAUGUGGCGGAAGAGGUGUUCGGUGCGGUCCCUCACUCCUUCGUGUUUCACCGUGGCCAAGUCGGCAAGAAUGUCGGUCAGCUAGUUGAGGACAUGCGGCGGGUCAUGGAGCCCUUCACUGCAGAAUCCCUUAAGGUGAGGAAGAAGAAUGUGCUGAAGGACUUUGUGGCUGUAGCAGGGCCACUGGGAGUGACACACUUCAUGAUCUUCACCAAGACUCCCAGUAGUGUCAACAUGAGGCUUGCUCGGCUGCCUAAAGGCCCUAUGCUCCAUUUCCGGGUGACCAAAUACUCCCUUAUUAAAGAUGUGGUCUCGUCACUGAAGAGGCACAGAAUGCAUGAACAGCAGUUCACACAUCAUGCACUGCUGGUCCUCAAUAACUUUGGCUCGGAGGGCAUGCAUGUCAAACUGAUGGCCACCAUGUUCCAAAACAUGUUCCCUUCCAUCAAUGUGCACAAGGUAGCCCUCAACGCCAUAAAGAGAUGUGUUUUGGUGAACUACGAUCCAGUGUCUCAAGAAAUUGAAUUUCGCCAUUACAGCCUGAAAGUAGUCCCUGUGGGCAUGAGUAGAGGAGUGAAGAAGCUGAUGCAGGAAAAGUUCCCCAACAUGAGCAAGUUUGAGGACAUCAGUGAGUUGCUGAUGAAGGGUGCUAAUCUUUCAGAAAGUGAAGCAGAGCAAGAUGGAGAUCACAACAUAACGGAACUGCCACAGAUCUACUCCGGGCGUGGUAACAUGGCGUCUCAACAGAGCGCUGUGAGACUGACUGAGAUUGGCCCACGCAUCACCAUGCAGCUGGUGAAGAUCGAGGAGGGAAUGGGAGAGGGGAACAUACUCUACCAUGCAGUCAUCGCCAAGACUGAGGAAGAGCUUCAGGAGAUCCUGGUCCGAAAAGAGGCGCAGAUGAAAGAAAAGCAGGAACGGAAGAAAAAACAAGAGCAGGAUGUUGCCCAAAAGAAAGCGUUACGGGAGGAGAACAAGAAAAGAAGCAUGGCAGGCAUCAAGAGGAAGCGCCAGGAGGAGGAAGAGCAUGACCCUGAAGUGGAGGAUCCUGGGAACCAGGAUAACAGGCCCCCGGUUGUUGAAUCUGACGACGAGGCAGAGUACUACAGACAGGCUGUAGGGGAGGAGCCAGAUGAAGAUAUGUUCCCUGCAGCCAAGAGGAGGCAAAGGCCUGAAAGGCCCUCGGGAGGACCCUUCAAGAAGAGGAAACCGUUCUCUGGUGACGACAGAAAAAACAAACAUGGUUCCAAGUCACCUCAUAGGUCUGGUCCAGGAGGGAAACCCAGAGACCGAAUGGAGGGUGACAGGGACAGGAAAGAGGGAAAGAAAUUUGGGGGUGGGGGCAAAUCUUUUGGAAGGAUGUCACCUGGGGGCAAGAGGUUUGCAGGAAAGAAAUUUGGGGAUGGGGGCAAACAAUUUGGAGGGAAGAAAUUUGGUGAUAGGGAUAAAAGAUUUGGAGGAAAGUCUGAGCCGGGAAAGAAAUUUGGAGGUGAUGGGGGUUCUAAGUUUAAGGGCAAACCUCGUCCUGGUGGUUUCAAGAAGGGCCCGGGAGGGGCGAAGGGGGGCUUCAAACAGAGGAAGGGGAAGAGAACUGUAGCCUUAUCUGUCAAUGAAGAUGAACAAAUACCACUUUUGGGAGCCAGUUUGCACAGCCUUUUCCCCUCCUAUUUUCUAAUCUCCCACAGAAAUCAAUACACAACCAACAUGAUGGAUCACAACUCUUCUUGUCAUGGUGACAAGUUCCAAGUGCAGUUAUUGCCUUCAGUGUACGGUGUUGAGUUCUGCGUGGCGUUGGUUGGUAACCUGUUUGCCCUGAGACUCCUGUCUACCAGGGAUAGGAACAGCUGGCACACUGGUGUGGUGCUGUCCUGUAACCUGGCCAUCAGUGACCUGCUCUAUGUCCUCACCCUGCCCCUGCUCAUAGUCUACUACAUGCAGGACAAGAACUGGCUGUUUGGGGUGGCGGUCUGUAAGAUAGAACGCUUCCUCUUCACCUGCAACCUGUAUGUUAGCAUCUACUUCAUCAUGUGUAUCAGUGUGAACCGCUAUGUGGCCAUUGUGUACCCCUUCUUCAGCCGGAACCAUGUGAACCCAGCCAAAGCCAAGGCUGCCAGUGUCGCCAUCUGGAUCUUUGUGACAGCCAUCUCCUCUCCUGUGUUGAAGUUUGCCUCCACAUGUCCAGAGAGAAGCAACAAAACCUGUUGUGUAUCCUAUUGCACCGACAGUGAUGCAGUUGCAUACACUCACUUGUUUUACAAAGUCUUUCUGUCUGUGGCUGGGUGUUUUAUUCCCUUCCUGGUCACAUUUGCAUCAUACUGUGCAGUGUUGAGGGUGGUGUGGAGGAAUGUGAAUAUCACCUCCCUGGAGAAACGGAAGGUGGCCCUGAUGGUGUUUGCAGUGGUUGUGCUGUAUGCCAUUUCCUUUGUGCCUUAUCACCUCCUCCAGAGCUACUAUUUCUACCAGAAGGUUCACAAACUUGGCUCGGUCUGCGACUGGGUGUACAAGGCCUACCAAGUGUCCAAGGGACUGGCUACACUGAACAUGUGCAUCCAUCCACUGCUAUACAUGGCUGUGUUUGAUAACAUCCGAGUCGCCUGCUGUGGAAGGAGCUCAGCUGAUAUGGUCAUGAAUUAAACGAUGCUCUCUCUGGUCCUUGGAAGCUUGCACUUAUGGUGUUUCUGAUAAGCAAGUGUUACACACAGUUGAUGACUUAUCUGUAAAUAACUGCAGCUAUAUGCACUUCCUUCCAAUGUUCUGAUGGUCAUGUUUCCUUUCAUAAAGUCUAAACUAU